AUGAGCUCGAAAGCAUACCAGAAAAAUGGGCAUCUUGCCCCUUCCCCCCAGCCAAGCGUCGAUGACUGGGAAGAGUGGGAGGAUGCCAGCGUCAUCACGCCCAGCGAAGAUGAUGACAAGGUCCUUGUGCAUCAUCAUAUGCCCCCCAAGCCGCUGCCCCAGUAUCUGCGGCCACCCAAGAAUCCUGCGGUACGACCCUCUCGUUAUUCGACCGUAAAAAUCAAGCGCCUCAAAUCGCGGCAGAGGCAAAAGGCCCAGAAUGCCAAGGCUGGCAUAAGUGUCAUCACCGACAUGGCGGCCUUUGGGAGCCAGACAAAAACGCCCAACCAAAAUCCGACCAAGUUCGUCGAUUCCGCUGCGCUUCGUGCGCUUGAAGGCGAACCCAGCUCCGCGUCUGUCGGGAAUUGGAACUGGUUCAAGCGAAGCAAGGGACAGAGCCCUUCUGCCUCACCCCAAGUCGACCCAUCACCCAACCAAGGCCUCUCUCCGGAUGAUCGCCCCAUCAUGAUUGGCAUCUCCGUGCCGCCUAGCGAUGCAUCCUCUUUUGACCAAACUCCUUACACAGCUCAUCCCGAUGCAAACCAUUUGAAUAGCCCUGGCACCCCCAAAGGCGGUCUGGGCAUUGUUUCUCACGGCGCCGCUCAGCCACAAUCUUUCUGGUCUCCCGAUACCCCGGAUACGACCCAAUCAUUUGUCAAUGUCCGGCCCCCCUCGAGCGUAUAUUCGCAAGCUCCAUCGUCGGACCGUCCCAUAUUGACAGACAUGCCUCCUGUGCCGUCUGUCCCUAAGCAAUACAGAAAGCACAGCAGACUCAUUAGCCUGGAGCUUCAGGGUGGUGCAGACGAUGACGAUGUUGACACGCCCUGCACUCUGUUCGAGGAGGAUGGCAACAGCCCGAGAAAUGUGGUAGCUGUCAAAAAGCCAACAAUCUCUCCGGCGAGUGCCAAUUCGCCUUCGCGCGGCUGGUGGGAUCACGUUGUGUCACCGUUUGUGGAUAAGCGAAUGACCUUUAGCCGCAAGCAAAUGAUGGAAUCGCCCAAAGAAGCUCCAUCGGAACCAUUACCCGUCGAAGCUCGAGCAGGGAAAUACCCCGAGGCAGAGCGCGUCCGCCCGUCCAGCGUUGCCAAACCACCUAUCGUUCGUAUUCCCACUCCGCGACGAACACCGUCGCCAAGCUCGUCGGCCGGGCCAUCGCAAACUUCAAACUCCCGAGUCGCACAGCACAUGUCUGAAUCACGGCGCGGUGUGAAACCCCAAAUCCUAAUCACAGACGAAGAGUCCUCAAUGGACCACCCCCCUCCGUAUUCAUCCCCGAAACGGCCAGAGUAUGGCCCGAUUCGUUAUAGAGCCGUGUUUCCCCCAGGUCACCCGCUGCACGCUCAGUUUCCACCGUCUCCGAACCCAGUCUCACCAGGUCUGGCAGCGACCAUGACUUCACAAGGGGCUACGCAAAUGACCGACUUGAGAUCCACGCCGUCGAGAAGCGCAACACCUACAUCUCACGCGCAGCUUCCUGCCCGCCCGGUGGGGACAUAUUUGCCGCCAGCACAUCUGUUUGAUGCACCCGGGCCACACAAUAGUGUGGAGCGAACACGACGUCGCCACGAAAAAGAAGACAUGGUUGCUCGCCGCGCUGGCGGCUUUUGGCGCGGUCGAUGCUGCAUUCCCGCCGGUGGCUGUUACGGCCGCACUGGUAGAGAAGGCCGCAAGAAGCGUCGCAUUUGCCUGUGCAUCUGUUCUGCUAUUAUUGCGCUGUUGAUUCUCAUCAUUGUGCUGGCCGUGGUCCUCACACGACCCCACGUCAAGCAUGAGAUGCCCUCCAUCUGGGUCAACCUCACUGACUUUCCACCCAUGCCGACUGGUGUUCUCACCGUGGCCGGAGGCGACAACACGGUAGCUAAGAGCGUCUGCACGGAGCCUACGACCCUGUGGAGCUGUUCGCUGCCAAAAGACGAUCAAAAGUCCGCUGCGCCAUACAAGCCGAACCAGCCCACGGUGAUUAUGCAGAUUCAGUGGGACAAUAGCACAGGACAGUCGUGGAAAGUUCCAAAUGGAGCUGCGCCCCCGUCGGUUUCGAGAAGAACUUCUGGCUUCGUCGCAAAAGCCCGCGCGCUUGUUCAAGCUCGAGCCAGUGCCGAAUUCAAGCCAGACCCGCCAGCACCUAACUUCAAGGACAUGUGGUUUAUGGGAGAGACCACAGAUAAAAUUGUCUCAGAUGAGAAGGCGGGAGAGCCAGCUCCCUUCUACAUCAGCAUAUUGAAAUCUAUGAAUGAUACAGUGGGAAACCCUACGCUUCAGAGGCGCGAUGACCACACAAACCGGAUUGGCAACGUCAGUCUUGCCGACCUUCUGCCUCAUCCUGAUUUGGCGUCUGACGGCGCUCCGAUCCCUGCUGUGAUGCUACCAAACCCAGUACAGCAGCCAGUGCGCUUAUACGACCGCGGUCUCGAUACAGAGCACUAUGGAUUCUACACGCACUUUAAAAGGACCAUUUUUCUCAAGUCUGUCACGACCCACAACAGCACAGCCGACACCAACAUCCCUCUAGACGAGGACGGCGGAUGCCGCAAGUCAGAAGCAAAUUUCUUGACGACAUGGGGCGAGACCAGGAUGCUGGUACGUAUUUGGACCCGCAAGCUGGCGACCAACACGUCCAGCCUCGUCCACCCGGACAGCUCCCCGGGCAUUGGCGGCGUCAAGGAGCUGCGCCGCCCCGGCACCAUGCCGUGGCCGGUGACCAUUACGCUGGACACGCACGGCGGCGACCCAAAGAAGAAGCUGGUGUGGGAGACGCCGAUCGACGACCGGCAGCACCUCGCCGUGGACCAGUCCAAGCUGCUGGUGAACAACAUGGACGUGGGCGGCACCUGGAUCAACCCUCGCGGCACGGGGGAUGCAAAGUACGGUGGCUUUGACGGCGGCACGGGUGGCUGCAAGUGUGAGUGGGUGAAUUGGUCAUAG